AUGCUCAAGAGUCCAAACCGCAGAAUCGAGUGGCUUUGUGAAUUAGCGCACAAGUACAGGAAGAUGUUAGCUGUGGAUUCAGGUGCUGCGGAUUCAGGCCCUUCCUGCUCUGGGGUGUGGAUCCCCUCUGAGGAACCUCCAGCACCUAAUGUCAGUGUGAUUGAUGAGCUAGCCAUGGAAGUUGAGGAAGUUGCUCUAGACAAGGUAGCUGAGCCUAAAUCGUCAUCUCCAGAAGCGGCUUCUUCAGACCUGUAUGAGGCGCUCUCCUUGAAAGGCCUGCCCCAGCGGAUUCACAUGCCUGCGCGCAGAGUGCUCUGUAGACCAUCGAAUUUGAGAUGGGUCAAGCCGUGCUGCACACGAUCAUGUAGUGAGACUCUGGAGCAUGUCGUCACCAUCCCUUAUUCAGAGUCUCAGAAGCGGCAUCCAGUAAGCAAUCAAAACUGCAAUUGUUUUUGCCAGGGAGGUGGGAAGAGAUAA